UUCACUGAGACAAGAUGGAUUUGGCCAAUCAUGGACUUAUACUUCUGCAACAACUAAAUGCCCAGAGAGAAUUUGGAUUUCUCUGUGACUGCACAGUAGCCAUUGGUGAUGUUUACUUUAAAGCACACAAGUCGGUCCUUGCAUCGUUUUCCAACUACUUUAAGAUGCUCUUUGUUCACCAGACAAGUGAAUGCGUACGUUUAAAAUCCACAGACAUCCAGCCUGAUAUCUUCAGCUAUCUUUUACACUUGAUGUAUACUGGAAAAAUGGCCCCUCAGCUUAUUGAUCCUGUCCGCCUAGAGCAAGGCAUAAAGUUUUUGCAUGCCUUUCCUCUAAUACAAGAGGCCAGCCUUGCAAGUCACGGUGGAUUUUCUCACACAGAUCAGGUUUUUCCACUUGCCUCUUCUCUUUAUGGUAUCCAGAUUGCAGAUCAUCAGAUCAGACCACCAGCAAAAGUUACCCCUGCAGCUGAGAAGACUACUCGUGAAACUCGACCACAGACCUCGAGGUUGAAUCAGGAAACCACAUCAGACAAUGCGCAGAUGAAUCAACUCCCAUCUUCAUUGCCAGCAGCAAACCGGACAAAUUUAACUUUCUCUGAGCCAGUGCAGGCUCCAUUGUCUCCGGAGCCUACCUCUUCUGUUCUUCCUGCUUCUUCUACACUUGAAGAAAAUAGCAUGGAUGAAUCGCCAAGUGAGGAGCAAAAUACACCCCUUACAAUCGCUCAUGUCAAGCCAAGUAUCAUGAAGAGAAAUGGAAGCUUUCCCAAAUAUUAUGCCUGUCACUUGUGUGGUCGCCGUUUUAACUUGAGGAGUAGUUUACGGGAACACCUUCAGCUUCACACAGGAAUGCCAUUUAGCCCCACAGCUGGGCAGACAGAGACUAGUGUCUCGCCUUCCUUCUGUAACAAUGGGUCAGAGGUAGGAAAAGAAUCCAUGGAGACAGAGACUGGCAUAAUAAGUGACAGUGAAAUGGCUCAGAUCUCAGACUCACCGAUACUAGAUGGUCAGCAGCAGGCUGAGACGCCACCACCGUCGGAUAUUGCAGAUAUAGAUAACUUGGAGCAAGCCGACCAGGAAAGAGAAGUGAAACGUAGAAAGUACGAGUGCACUAUCUGCGGGCGCAAGUUUAUCCAGAAAAGCCAUUGGAGGGAGCAUAUGUACAUCCACACAGGCAAGCCAUUCAAGUGUAGCACCUGUGAUAAGAGCUUCUGCAGGGCUAACCAAGCUGCUAGGCACGUAUGCCUAAAGAGUUCUGACACCUACACAGUGGUUGACAAGCAGACUUUGGAGCUGUGUUCAUUUGAUGACAGCAGCCAGUUAGACAACAUGCUCGUUCAAACAAGUAAACGUUACAAGUGCAACCUGUGCGACAAAACGUUUUUCAGCCCUAAUGAGGUGGUAAAACAUACGUGCCAAGGCCAAAACUCAGAUGUCUUUGCUCUUGAAGACGAAGGAAAGUCGAUCUUGUUGAGUAGUGGGGACUCGGAACCAGCAGACAGUGAGCAUUCUAUGCUAGCCACCAUUAAAAAAGAGCAAGAGCAAGAUCCUGUGCUUGAUUAGCUUUGCUGGUUGUGUACAUAUAUAAAUAUAUAGAAUUUCCUACUGUGUACAUUUUUUAAUCUAGAGAAUUUGUCAUUUCUAUUUCCUCCUAUCCCUUUUACCUUCCUGCUUUUGUUUUAGUUUUGGGAUAUUAUGCAGAACCCUGAGGAACUGUUUGGUGUACAAGACCAAAAUCUUUUUUCAUGGGUUAUAUUAGGCAGUGUUUUUUUUUUUUUUUUCUUUUUAUAUGAAUUGUUUUUGUUUGUCCAAAGGAAACUGGAACAAUGUAAUGGCCUCCCUGAUGUCAGUAAAACUACUGAAAUGUAAUAGAGAAAUUUAAGCUUUUUCUUUAGAGGAUAAAUGUUUUGAAGUGUAUCUGUGAAUAUCGGGGAACAAGAAUUUGUGGGUAAGAGAAGUUUAAAUAAAUAUAAGUACUUACUCAUGUUUAAUAUAUGAAGUUUGUUGUCCUCAUACUCCAUGUCCUUUAAAACAGGAUGGAAGGCACUGACCAGCGCAUAUAUGAGCAGAUCAAUGGUAAUCCAAAAUUACACAUUUUAUUUAACUGAUCAGGGAUUCCUCAAAUCCAUAGACGUCUGUCACCUCAUUUUGUUACAUCUGCUACAUAAUAAUCCACGGCGCUCUAUGAAAUAUUAUAGUGGAAACAUUAUUGUGCUUCCAGUGUACGUGUAGUACAGACACUGGGUGUAUUAAAAUCGGUUGUUCUAGAUGAAGUGCUCCAAAUUACUGAUAACAGUUGCACUACCUUGCCAAGAAGUGUCAAUGAUGAUCAAUAUGGAUCUGUAUUUCUAGGGCAUUUGGCCAUUCUACCAAGUAUU